AUGGCCAGGGUAAAAGAUGGGCAUUUCGCGAACUUCGACGAUGAAUCGACGUACAGAAACAGCCAGGAGCGCGCUCUUCUCGAGUCAACUCGCAACUUUGUCGUCCAAUUUGGAGAAGACGGAGCUGAUAUUGCGUGGGACUUUCAGGCUGACGGUCUUUCAGCUCUGCUGAGGAACCCAUCUCCGGCAGAAAGACCUGUUCGAUGGAUUAACAUCUGGGCACCACAUCGACAAGUAGAAAUAGUCGAUCUGCUUGGCAAGCACUAUGGUUUCUCCCCGAGGCUUCUUGCCAUCAUUGGAACAGCCCCCCCGGAGUCUAGACACCUAGAUAAGCCACUUGGCCGGCUCAGAACGAAAAUAUACAGGCAAGAUGACAUUGAACUAGCGACCACUAGAGCAAGUAUAGAACUUCCUACAUGGCCAAUAAAGUCGCAAGAUGAUGAUAUAAGUCAUUAUGCUCUUGCCAAUCAGAUGAUAAACUAUCAGAGCCAUGAUGUUGGCACCCAUUUUCUCUGUGUUGGUGCGAACUGGAUACACGAAUUGAAACCCAAAGCUGAGGUGGUUGAUGAGGAAAAGGUUUCUGAAGGAAGGCAGAAAAGGUUGUUUUCAUGGCUGGUCCUCUGUGACGAUCAUACUGUCAUAUCCCUCCAAGAAGACUUUGGACAACUUGAAGACUCUGAGGAUGUUGCAGCAAUCCGUUCAAAUACGCUAAGUGUACUUAGCCAGCUUUCAAUACGGUCCACUGCAGAUGCCAUCUCCCUGCAAAGUGUCCGGCAGGCAUUGAAACUGGAUGCUACUAAACACCAACCAGGAAUCGAAGGUUCUAGUUUACUCUUUCAUUAUCUAUUCGAUGACUGGCGCGCAGUAUACUCUACUGUAGCAACGUACAACAAGAGGCUGGACGACCUGCAAUGUGCAAUCCUUGGCGAAGUGACAAGAAAGAGCAACUCUUCACCAAGCCUGCAGAUAAUCCUACGCCUCCACAUCCUCGGCCGCCAAAUCCGCUCAAGUCAGCACCUUUACGAAGGCUAUAAAAAUCUUAUCAAGCGAAUCCUCGAGCCUAAGCCAGCUCCUGUACACUUGACUGCCCUCUCCCGGUCUUCCACCAACCUCAGUGCUGGCCCAGGAGGCAAGGGAAAUGGUGUGACGCUUUCUUCGUCCGCUGCGCAGCGCUUUGAACGAAUUAGCGACCGACUGGAACUGCUCAUCUUGAGCGAAACGAAGGAGCUACUUGCCGAGAAAGAAGCAUUGGUCUCUACCUAUUUCAACAUUAAUGCGCAAAAAGACUCUGAAGCCACGGCUCGCCUGACUCGCUCCGCAACCCUCCUCGCCAAGCUCUCAGUCCUCUUUCUCCCAGUUAGCCUCAUGACGUCCUACUUCUCAAUACAGGUUCAAGACCUGGAAGGAGUCUACACAGUCAAUGAUUAUUGGUACUCGUUUGCCGCUAUCAUGAGCAUUUCCUUCCUGUGCUUAUUCUUCUUCAGCAGGCUGCUGAUGUAUGUGACCGAGACCCUAGAUGGGUGGAUGAGGACGAUAUACAAAUCUGGCGCGAAAUCGUUCACGAAUGUCCUACGGAAGAGAGAUGAGGUGCAGUCAUGA